UUCAUGCUGUCUGUGUCUCUCUCUCUCUCUCACACACACACACACACAGCUACUUUUUCCCGAGGGCUGGAGGAGUUCACUACCAAAAGAACAGCACGCGUGGUUAAGUCGGGUCCUUUUCACCAGGGGCAAGGACGGAAAGCCUGUGCUGACCUCCAACCUUCGCCUUUGGUGGCACCCUCCCGGCCCCCGCAACGUGUACCUCCAGCCCCCGACAUCGCCCGACGCCUUUUUUCAGCGCCCGUUUUUCCUGUGGAUGCCGUAAUGCAUGUGGGGCUACAAGCUGUCCUGCACGGCGUGCAGCCACAGGUUGUCGGGAGCUGGACUCUACAGGACCGUCCGGAGGGUCCUGGACACAGACGGAUGGUACUUUAUGGCCACGGAGUACCUGGAGUGCCGGCGCUGCAAGAAGAAGGUGGCGGGCUGGUCGCAGGAUAUCUUGGAUCAGCUGCACUGCACCCAUCGGGAUCAGUUUCCAGCUAUCCUGACUUACAGAUUAUCCUGCGACAAAAAGCUGAUCGGGCAGAUGCGUGAGCGCACGCUGGGCAACGGGGCCACCCGGCUGCGCAAAUAUCUGCUCGAGCAGCACGGCAACACCUGGUUGGAGCGGUCCAGACUGUUCAUGUUCGCGGUCACCAAGUUCAUUACACCGGGUGCCGAGCCACCUGCGACUCCGCCUCUACUACCGCGGAUGACCCCGGUGCCCGGUACAAAGUGGUUGCUGUCCAUCUAUGCCAGGGAGGUGGCUUCGAGGCUAGAAGAGACCAAGGCCCAGAUCACCUCCAUCUUUGGCUCAAUCUUGAAGAUGGACUCAACAAAGAAGGUGAUCGAUAUCGCCAUCCCCUCCCUCUCUCCCCCCUUCCUUCCUUCUUUCCUUCCAGCUUACCGUCACUCUCCCUUUCAUCGUUCAGGUGACCAAGAAACUCGCUGGUGCCGCAGCAGGAAUGGCAGCCUGGGUGACCAGCGUGGGGAACGAGCAAGGCCAGAUCUUGAUCAGCGUCCUCACUGCAGCCGAGGGCGCUGGCCUGCAUCCUCUAUGUGGACCGAGACUGCUGUUCCCACGGGGGACCCUACAAGGUGUCCCUCUUAUUCAACCAGUGGGAUCAGCUGGUGGUGCGGCUCGACGUGUGGCACCUGAUGCAACACUUUGCGGCGGGUGUCACCACGGAGAGCCACCCACUAUAUAGCCUCUUCAUGGCGCGUCUCUCGUUCUGCAUCUUUGAGUGGGACCAGGGAGAUGUCGCCCGGCUGUGACAGGCCAAGGCUGGCGAGGCGGGGAACGAUCCCCGAGGCUCCGGCUACAGAAAGAUCCCACUAAAGGAGCUGGCCCGCCACUGCCGCCGCUGCACACGUGGGGCGGAGGAGACCGGCCGGCUCAUCGACGAGAUGCUGGAGGCCUUCGGGGACACCACUGACACCAUGGGUAUCCCGCUUUUGGACCGCGCUAAGAUCCAGGACAUCUGGAAGACUCAGAGGCGCCACCUCCACUGCAUCCAGGACCCACCCGGCGUGCACCUGUACAUGCAGACUGGGCAGCUGGUCAAAGGGGGGAUCACGCUGCCGGUGUUCAGGUGUGCGCGAGGUUCAACUUCGUUGGAGUCGUUCCACUUGCAUCUGGACCGCUUCAUACCUGGUAAGGGUGCCCAGAAACCUGUUCUUUGUGACCUGUGUUGUGCGAGGGAGUGGGUGGCAUUGCAUUUUUAUCUCUGUCUGUCUGUCUGUCUCUCUCUCUCUCUCUCUCUCUCUCUCUCUCACUCACUCACCAUGUCUUUCAGGCACUUCAGCCAGCGCGCCCCACUUUCAGGCCUAUCUGCUGGAAAGCCUGGCGCGGUGGAACGAGGACCGUGCGGCACAAGCAGUGGAGGAAGCAGACCGUGAUAUGGUCGGCUACAGUGGCCAACUCCAGCACUCCGUCAACGAGCUGAGCGACAUUCUAUAUCACAUGAAGCUGGUUGACGAUUACACCCGGCCUGCGAAGUACACUGGUGAGGCGGGCGUCGAGCCGUCUGUCUGUCUGUCUGUCUUUCUCUCUCUCUCUCUCUCUCUCUCCCCCCCCAGCCUUUUCAUUUUAAAACAGUUCCCUCCUUUUCACAGGUGAGCUCAUAGGUAUCCAGUACCUAUUUUCGCAGACCGGUCGAGUGCUGGAGGAAGUGAUGGACAGGGAUCCCGACGCUCCGGAUGGGACUGAUACAGACGACGAUGAUGACAGUGUCGACGAGAGCUUCCAAGAGGACAAGGGGCCGGUACAGGAACCUCUGGACAACACCCUCUUCGGCCUUGAGGAGGACUUCGCCCGACAACCGUUAUCGUCUGACAAGUCCCAGUCGCGCCCUGCCAUCGGCGCCUCAAAGUCUGGGCCAGCCGACCAGGACACCUCCCCUGGAGACGAGGCCACUCAAAGCAUGUCCCAUG